ACGGCACAUUUCUCUCUUGUCUCACCAGCCGAACUCGUGCCCUUGCUUUCCUCCUCUAGGCGGCGGCGCCAUGGAAGUCGACGGAGGCGGAGAUGAAUCUGCACCAUCCCCUGGCCUCAUCCGUGGGAAGAAGAGGCCGCCUUCCCCCUCAUCUUUACCGGGCGACGGCGAGGGCUCACCCACCAGCGACGAGGACGACAACCCAUGGGCGAUUACCGACGACGAAGAGGAGAAUGAAUACCAAGGGAAAUACAGGCCCUAUACUGUUGAUGAUUUCCCAAGAGUUAGCACUUAUGAGCAGCAAGAUGAAUUGUACGAAAAUCCAGAGAGUUCUCUUCGAGGCCCAAAACUUCUCUGGAGCUUACGAGCAUUCAAGCCAGAAAUUGAAAGCCAUCCAUGCGGUACCCAGUAUCGGCUCAGCGAUGAAUCUGAAAUCAGUGUCCACAAUGUUGGGACCAUCGAUUGUUCAAAUGAAUGUUGUUGCUUUUCCAUGAACUUGCUGCAGUUCAUUGGUCUCAAGAUAGCUGGUUAUCACCAUGCCCAACCUGGAUCUGCCAAAAUAUUUGGGUUUUUUGCAACACGGGAUCAAAUUGAACCUUUGCGCAAUUAUGUCUACAGGCGAGAGAUUGACAAUUAUGAAGCUGUAACUGUGAAGCCAAAGACGGGUAUGGCACGUUUAACACUGGGUAGCCCUGCUCGAGGUAUUUGCAUGACAAGCCAUGUGUUGUUUGAAUUCAAGCUUUGUGUACGUACUGAGGUCCCAGCUGAAAAUGGGCCCAAAGAUGACCUUCUGAUCGAAGGAUGCGCUGAAUUCAGCAACAUGAUGGAAACAAAAUCAUUCAGUCAGAAUCGACGUAUUUAUGGGGAGAAGUGUGGACUGGAUGUGAAGUUCCUGGUGCUGAUUAAUGCGGUACAAGCAUUUGUUGAUGUUGAGAUCCUCCGUGCUCCUGCUUGUGGCUUUAAUCUGAAUCUCUAUGCCAAAACCAGUGGUUUCAGUGAUGUGAUUCGUCUCUACCGAGGAAGUGCGGAAGCUGCCUGCAGAAUGAGUUCAGUUGUAGCGGUGGAGAUACGCAGUUACCUUGAUCUUCGUAUCGAAGGGACCCCGAAAGAUGACGGAGGAGUUUCUCAGAAUCUGCUGCCUUGUGUGUGGGGUGAUAGGUUCGAUUCCUGCUACCAUGGAACGGUGGAUAAAGUUGUGAAUCUCGACGAAUUCACCAUCGUUUCAGUGAAGAUCACCUGGAGAACUGCUGAUUGACACGUAGCUUAGUCGUCCUGCUUUGAGCCGUCAAACGUCAAUAUUCUUCUGGUGCUAAAGUAAUGUUAGUGUUUGUAUCAACCUAUUUGUCUACUGGAGUUAUAUAUAAUGCCACUUUGUAAACAUUAUUUUAUCUGGUGCUAAGUAAUGUUAGUGUUGAGCCAUUGAAUGCUAUAUGGGUACCUCUAGUGCUAAGUAGAGUUGGUGUUUGUAUGAACCUAUUUGUGUGCUGCUAAGUAAAGUUUGUGUCUGUUAUAACCUAUUUGUGUAUUGAAGUUAUAUAUUGU